AUGUUAAAUGGCAUAGACCAGGAACGUGUGAUAGAGCAUCAAAGGGGAGUAUGCUUGUUUGGAUACCCGUUUUUUUCUGAGAAGUUGCUUGUUCCUGGGUAUGAUCCACCUCGGUUUUUGGCUAUGAUUGGGAAUGAGGAGGAUGGGUUCAAGUCCUUGCCCGUGAUGAUUCCUCAUGGCAAGCGCGGGAACUCGAAUACUAAGAAUCUACGGAAGAUGAUUCCGCUCCCGUUCGAGGGGGAUGAGAACAAGGCUGUGCGGUCGCGCAUGAGAUCUACGAGAUCUGCUAAUACGGCGGAUAAUGGUCUCGAAGAAAGUAGGGACUACCAUCCGCAUUACCCACGGGAUGGCGAGGAGUGGUACGUCAUGAUGGAGCACGGAGUUUCAGACGUGGAUGACCAAGGGUGGAUGUACAGUUGGUCGUUCAAAUCCAGACAAUGGAAGGGCAGAUACGGAUUCGUUAGGAAGCGUAUUUGGAUUCGAUUACCUUCCACCACGCCAGAGCUUGUACAGAUACAUGAUCUUGGUUCCAGGAGGGAAAGAAUGGAAUCCCAACAGUCGCAUGUCGAAGAGGAAAUGCAACAAGACGAGACUCAGGAUACGGUAGUUGAUCGGAAUACUGCCUUGCCCGAGCCCAACGAGAAAACUGACGCCUUGAUAAACGAAUUGAAAACCUGUACACUAGAUAGGAAAAGGUUUGAGCUGCUCAAUGAAGUAUUGCAUUCGUGGUCAAAGUACGAUCUGAUGGAAUUGACCAAGGAACCGAUCUUAUCGUCGAUCCUGGGGACGUUUCAGUUUGAAACAUCCAGAGAACGAUUCAGAAACGAAAUACUAGACGGACUAGCAAAGUGA